AUGGAAAAAGUGACAUGGGUUCUACUGCUAGCAGGCCUGCCAGCCUUAGAAGCCAAUGACCUUUUUGAUAAAGACAGUCCCUUCUACUACGACUGGAAAAGCAUCCAGCUGUCUGGGAUGAUCUGUGCAGGGAUCAUGUGCCUCAUUGGAAUCCUCCUUAUUCUGAGUGAGUGGGUGACUGGGAGCUCAGGAGACAGGGCCCUCCCCAUCCAUCACUCAUCUGAGACACUCAGACACAACCAUAUCUUCCUCCCACAG